AUGAUACCAGCAGGUAUUACUCUACUAGUUUUAUUGUGUUUAUGAAAAUGCUGACCAUAACUAAAAGAAAAUGUUUGUUUCAUGUGGUUUUGUUCCUGUUGUGGCUGCUAGUUAAACACCACAUGUGGAAUUCAUCUGACAGAAAACUUUGUUGUUGUGUUCUCACUUAAUAUAUCAGGUAAUCUCUUUUGUGAAGCAUUGUUUUGAUCUUUUAGGCUGAUGGAAAACUACACCUACAACAGCUUCAUCCUCCAGAUGGAGGGGUUAAUGGUCACAGAGGAUUCCAUGUACCCUGUGUUUUUCUUGUUUCUUAUUUCUUACACUGUGUUUAUGAUCAUGAAUUUGGGUAUUCUUGUUCUAAUCUUCAUUGAUAAGAACCUCCAUCAGCCCAUGUAUAUACUUUUCUGCAACCUGACAGUCAGUGAUAUCAUUGGAAGUACGCAUGCUUUACCUCGGCUUCUUUCAGACAUGCUGCUGCCUCCCUCUGAGCGUCUCAUCCAUUACUAUGAGUGUGUGGUUCAGGCUUUUACCACACAUAUGUUUGCUACCACUUCCCACACAACACUUAUGAUUAUGGCCUUUGACAGAUAUGUGGCCAUCUGCCAUCCUCUGCGCUACUCUGCUAUCAUGACCAACAAAAUGAUCAUCAAGCUGACAGUUUCUGCCUGGGGAGUUCCCUUCGUUCUGGUGGGGGUUCUGCUGGGUCUGACCAUACGGCUGAACCGAUGCAGGACUCUGAUUACAAACCCCUUCUGUGACAAUGCCUCAUUGUUUAAGCUGUCAUGUGAAAGUAGUUUAAUUAACAAUAUUUAUGGCCUUGCUUUCACUGUUGUCCUGUUCAUAUCGUCUAUAGGCAGCACUGUUCUCACCUACACCAGGAUUGCAAUAGUCUGUCUGACCAGUAAAAACAAGUCUCUGAAUAGUAAAGCCUUAAAAACCUGCAGCACUCAUCUGUUGGUGUACUUGAUUAUGUCACUCAGUGGUUAUACUAUAGUUAUUCUGCACCGCUUCCCUCAGUACUCAGACUACAGGAAACUCUCUGCUAUUCUGUUUGUUAUCAUACCUGGUGGCCUCAAUCCCAUCAUUUAUGGUUUGCAAUCUAAAGAGAUUCGAAGUUUCUUAUUAAAAAUGUUCCGUUCUAGAAAAAAAAAUUGCUUUUUUUACUAGUAAUAGCUGAAACAGC